ACGAAAUUCCUUAAAAACCGUGACAUCAUUAUAUGGUGUGCGAAGCUCAUGCGGAGCGACGUCGAUAUGUUGAAGUUGCUGUAUACGCAAAUGGCGCGGGCUGAGGAUCGUCAGACGAAAAUCCGCUUGUCCGCCAUUUCCAAGCUUAACUACGUUCGGGGCGAGCUUUACCCUAUUGAGGAUGGACUUGUGAAGAAGAGAAGGGACGAUGAGGCGGACACUGGAGGACUCUCUGACUACCAAAAGUUCGUCCUUGGAUUUAAUUCUGAGCGAGCAGUCCAAGUGGUAUCGUGAUGAGAUUACCGGUACUUUCGACCUCGACACAUUCGAAAUCACCUACCUUCCUCCCAUGAAAUCAGUCGGCAAUUCCACCGCUAGGCUCAAAGCCGACGAACUCUUGGGCGACGGUCAGCAACAGAUUGUCGAACAUCACCGUACCGAGAAUCUCUGUCCCCUCUUCAGUCGAUCAAGUCUUCUCUACAAUCCCCACCGCAUUACAACCUAUGUCGAGAACAUGCACCGAGAUCUUGUACUCAUUCGAGGCGCAAGACGCUUGUGUUUGUAACAUGACUUGCUGUUGACCUCCGUGUUGCUCGAUGUUGCAAAGGAUUCGCUGGCGUCUUCGUUUGAGAU